AUUGAGGGCUCUUUCUUUCUCAUUUCUAAAAACCUACUCCCUUCAAGGAGUUCAACAUGGAAGAGUUUAAAGAUGCAAGUUCACCUGAAGAAUUACUUGAUCACUUAAAGCUUUCCGAUCAGAAGAGUUCAGAGACUGGCCCCAAAGAUGCACAGAGUCCCCAAAACAUUGAAAGUGGAUACACAGCAUCUUCAGCCAAAGAUCUCACAACAGCAGACGAGUGUUUCCAUGACUGUCACGACUCCUUUGAGGCAAAAGAGCCUGUGCUGGAUGAUGAAGGGAAUUUACAGAAUGAUGAGACUAGCUCAAGGAAGCAGACAGAACUAGAUGAAGAAUACUUGCUAGAACUAGAAAAAGAUAUGCCAGAGGAAGAAAAACAGAAAAGAAGAAAGGAGAGCACAAUGCUGAAGGAGAAAGGAAAUGAGCAGUUCAAGAAAGGAGACUUUGGAGAGGCAGAAGACUCUUAUACGAAGGCUCUGCAGAUUUGUCCGGCCUGCUUCCAAAAAGAUAGGGCUGUUUUAUUUUCAAACAGAGCUGCUGCAAAAAUGAAACAGGACAAGACAGAAGCUGCCCUAAGUGACUGCAGCAAAGCAGUGGAAUUGGAUCCUAACUAUAUUAGAGCUUUGCUGAGGAGAGCAGAACUAUAUGAAAAAACAGAAAAACUAGAUGAAGCUCUGGAAGAUUAUAAGGCCGUCCUAGAAAAAGACCCAUCAGUGCAUCAAGCCAGAGAAGCAUGCAUGCGAUUACCUAGACAAAUUGAAGAGCGGAAUGAAAAAUUAAAGAAAGAAAUGCUAGGCAAACUGAAGGAUCUUGGGAAUUUGGUUCUCCGCCCCUUUGGCCUGUCAACAGAAAAUUUCCAGAUAAAACAGGAUUCAUCAACUGGUUCAUACUCCAUCAAUUUUGUUCAAAAUCCAAACAACAAUAGAUAACAUGAAUUUAACCUAGUUCUGCUGGCUCUUAGGCUUCGUGACCGUGUGCUUGCACGUACCAGUAGAAGGAUGCAGCAAACAUUCUUCACACCCCCCAAGUGAAGAUAAGACUCAAGCAUAUUCAUUUCCCUGCCUGUGAAGUUAUUUACAAUGUGGAUGUCAAGCAAGUCCUUUGACUUCUCUUAGUGAUAACUGUGCCCAGUGUGUG